UUGAGGAUAUACUUCUUGCAGGUAUCGCCAGCCACCGGAAGACAGGAUGGAAUUGAGGAUCCUUGUAGCACAGAUUGCAAACCGGCUGCUCUCUGGCUUCGUUCGUAGACUCAACAGUCUCUUGCAGCUCUUCCGGAUGCCACGCCCCCAGGAGCCGGACACGCCCACUUCGAGUAGCGACCUGGUCCUCUGCCCCACGGAUGAAUUCAUGGUGACCCUUCUCAUCACCCUCGUCAGCGGCGAUGUGCAUUCCUUCCUGAACCUGGUGCAGGAGGGCAGGCUGAUCAUAUGCGACGAGCGGGACUGGAGGGUCGUCGCCAAAGUCAACCCGUUGCAUCACGACGGAAGUGCCACUCCGGCGCGUGGGGAGCCCAGCCGCGCUCCGGCGUCACGAGGCCCUACCAUGCCUUUAGGGCGCGACGUCCUUCCAGCGCAGACUGUUGACGCUCUGUCAGCACAAGACGCUGGGCUUACGUCGGGCUGCGCUGCUGACUCCGCCUCAGGUCAGGUUGCUGACAUUUCCUCCGAGUCACCAUCAGGGCAACUUCCGUCGAGACAGGCAAGCGACUUCCUACCUGAAUGUCCUUCUGUCCUGUCAGACGGGGCCGACGUCCCUUCAGGGAAUGCUGGCAUCUCACUCGAGCAAGAUGCUGAUGCCUCCCCCGGGGAAGAUGCUGACAUCCCGUUAGGUCAGAAUGCUGACAUCCCAGCAGGAGAAAGUGAUGUGCCAUCCGCAGGAGAGCCAGAGCAUGAUCCUGAUGUCCCUCCAAGUAAUCUUUAG